GGUAAACAAAGAAUUUGGCGAAGAACAAUGAGUUGACAGUUGUGAAUUUGCAAUGAGAAAACGUGUUUUCUUCACAAUUCACCAAUUUUUCAAGCCAUCUUAUAGCAAAUUAAGCACAACGUUAACAAAAAUUAUACAACCUCUCUUGAAAUGUGUUCAAAAGAAUAGAAAGAAUUUUGUGUUUGUAUUGCAGGUGCCGGAAAAGUGAUAAUAUCUUGUCGCAGCGCAUGUUUUCCUGCACAAAGUGGUCGAUGCUUGCUUACCUCCGAUUUUAAUUUGUAAAUUGUGGUAUUUCAACGUUUUCAACUUAACAUGUCGUGUUUAAAAGUGGUGCUUUCAAUUGUAUGUGGGCUGGUGUUGCUGUUUGAGAACUGUGAAGCUGUGGAAGCUUUUGACAAAUCUCCAAAGGACCAAAAGGAAAAAUCAACUAAGUUGCCGCCUUGUAAAUCAUGCACUGUGCUUGUGGAAUCAUUUAAUUUGGGUUUGGAAAAAAUAAGUCGCGGCAGGCAUGCCGGUGGUGAUGCAGCUUAAUUUCCAUAUUUUCCAUAAAUGAAGUGGUGCUUUAUCAUGCGCGGAAUGCACUUAAAGGCAUGGUACGUCCUCAGAGUUUAAAGAUUUGUCAAUUCCAAAUCAACACGGGCUUCAUACCGGAACAAGAAACAUUGAUAACAUCUUCCUCGAAUGAUCUCGAUGAUUUACCGGAUGCCGAUCAGGUUCCUCAUGACUUUUAGGUUUCGCUGUCGUUGAGUUUCACGGAUAACGAAUUUCCGCCGAGUAGGAAUCCUCCUUGGUUACCAGCAAAGCCCAUAAGAAACGCACAACAUAUAUUUAGUUCGCAAUUAGAAUUCGAGGAAAUGGUGGAUAAUUUCGUGACAAAACCUAGUUCGAUCAACAAACCUACGCCUGUUAGGUCAGCUGCUUCCGUAGAUAACGCCUAUUUUACCAGAUGCUACCGAAAUAAAGCAAGAGGAUGUACCUCGAAUCCAACCUCAACCAUCACCACCAAUAGACAUGCUCAAUUUAAACCAGCCCCAACCCCAGCUGCCGGUGCAAGAUCCACAAGCCACAACGAGUGUCGCUAGUUUCGAUUUGCUUGGAGCAUUCGGGGAUGAUAAUUCAUCUGGCAUUGGCUCGGCUCCAAUACCUGAUAUUUUAGAAAUUAAUGUACAACCAAGUUCAAAUGUCAACCUUGAUGAUAUCUUCGGCUCAGUUGCUUCAUCGGCGCCGAAAAUCAACCUGGAGUUUAAUAGUUUUUCUGUAAACCAGCCGACACCAACUAGUGCAAACCAACCUGGUGUAUUGGUGUGUGUCACGUCAGUCUCAGCAAAAUAGUCUUGCAUCAACAACCAGAGCUCAGUACGUCAUAGUUAUUUUUCUUCUCUGUUUUUGGAAGCUAGUGCAAUGAGGUAUAGUUUUAAUAAACAUUUAUUCGAUUUGAAAUUUUUA